AUGCAGCCGCUCUACCGCCGAGCCGCCAUCGACCCGCCGGACUUCGCGCUUGUAGCUGAGGCCGUGAGUGGAGAUGGCAAGCCGACUCGUUCGCCGCCUCGGUCGCCGCCUCGUGUCGCAUCAAUCCCGGAGGACGCCGAGUUGAUUGAGAGCAAUGGUCCAAAGGCCUGGCUCACCGCCAGUGGAUCGCCGUCGCCGUCGCCGGCUCGGGCCGCCAGCCACAGCAGGCUGUGCACGGAGGCAGGCAUCCAGAGCUCUCUCGGGCACGCGGCAGCGCCGCCGUCGCCACGGACCGCCAGCUACACCAAGCUGUGCAAGGAGGCCCGCGCCGAGAGCGCUCGCGGGCACCACGCCAAGGCGGACGUGCUGCUGCGGCGCGCAAUCGAGCUCCAGCAGGCCAACCCGCUUGCCUGGGGCGAUUUGGCGGAGGUGCGCCUGGCUUCAGGCGACUGCUUGGGCGCCUUUGCGAGCUUUGUCGCGUGCGCGGAGCGCUGCCCGGUGGCGUCGCCGCCGUGGGCGGCGAGCGUGUGCGGGGCCUUCCAGGCUCGCAAGCAGGCGAUGAAGGGGUGCGGAGAGUGCUCGCUCGGGACGUGUACGGCGUGCAAGCUCCGGCUACCGCCCCUGCCCGCGUGGAUGGCGACGCCCGAGUGCCUGCGUCAAACCUCGGAGGAUGUGGUGGAGGCCGAUCCGGACUCGAUUGUCGCUUGGCGCCUGCACAGCGAGGCUCACGCCGGCGUCGGCGACCAUGCCACUGCCGAGAAGAGCUACUGCAAGGCGUUGCAGAUCGUCUCGGACGGCUCGUUUGAUCGCGUCCUGACAGAGCAGAGCAAGCCGCACCUCGCACAGCUCGACACGGAGGUGCUCUCGCGGGCAGGCUCGAUCCGGUACCUCGACCUCUGCGAGCGAGGCCAGAGCCAGAGCCGGCGGAGCGGGUACGCGGCCGCUGCAGAGCUGUUCGAGCGGGCCACCGAGCUGGCGCCCGCCAUCCCUCUGGGAUGGGGCGACCUCGGCAACGCGCGGGCGGCACUCGGCGAGUUCAGCGCGGCGGCCGACGCCUUUGUCACUGCGGCGCAGUGCUGCGACCCGGAAUCGCAGGUCAAAGCUUGGGCCAGCUGCGCCGCCAGCGCAUACACGGCCCGCAAGCUGGCAGCGCCGUGCGGGAGCCAGGACGUGUUUUGCAAGUGCCACGCGUGUGCAUCGCUGCCGCCGCUCCCGGACUGGCUGAGCUCGCCCGCUGCGCUUCGCGACACCGCCGACCGCGCCGCUGCUGCGGACUUGCGGCUCGGCGCCGCGCGACUCAUGCAAGAGGACGCCGUGUCGAUGGCGGGCGCCACGUCGGUAUGGGUGGAAAUCUGCGAGCGCGCGGCGCACCUCGUGCGGCGCAUGCUGGGGGUGGUGUCGGGGUGA